UCCAAUAGUGUAGAUAUAAUUAAAGACUUCCGCGAGCUCGUCGAGUCUCCGUAAUAAUCGUCAGCUGCGAAUUACGUGAUUCAUUUACGAGAAUUGUUAUGUGAAAUAUUGGAAUACAAUGAUUCCUCGAACUUCGAACGCUCGCGGUUACGCGACGAACAUGCGCGGAGGAUGCAACCUGUAUAGUGCGUCGAUCAACUUUGUAUCAGACGAAUUUUUGGUUUUCUAUUUAUAGAGAUACAUUUCUUUUGAUCGCCCUCCGACGGGAAAAUGGGAGUAAUUAUAUUAUUUAUGAUGUUUCCCGAAUCGCGGUUAUUUAUUAGUUAAUUAACAGCAGUGUUAUACAUUAAUUACACCAGUGUUUACAAGCGCUCUAGUGGAUCUCCAUUAUUGGAGGAGAGCGAGUUAGCUCGUCGUUCGUGUACCGUCUCAGUAACUUUGUUGCUUUUUUAUUUAUUCGAUUAGUUAUUUAUGCAUAUGUAUUAGCAUGGACAAUGUUGAACUUUGGCUUAUCAUGGCGAAACCACUGUCACGUUUGUUUCACUCAUAUUGAGUAGACUCGUGAGCAUUUAUGCUUGGAGAAUUCUGUUAAGAAGUAUAAUGUAAAAUGAAUUUAGAACGGAGGUAAUGAUAAACAAAGGAAUACGUGACGUUUGUUCCGAAAACAAAGUUAUCGUCACCGGAUUAUAUGGAAUUGUUAUAGUAUUGAUAAAAAUAGUUAUCUGAAAGCCAGUAUUAAGUAUGAACAAAAGCCAUUAGUCAAUAUUAACGAUUAAAAAUGUUUCACAUGUCCAAGAUUACGAUUGUUAUAUUAUUAUUGGGCCUGAUAAUAGCAAUAUUCGGAUUAGCGCUAGGAAUAGUUUGGUCCACAAUUUAUUCUACACUCGUACGCACGCAAUUAUCUUUAACUCCAACAUCUUCAAAUUAUGACUUAUGGAAAGAAACGCCGAUUCCCAUGUACUUAAAGCUUUACAUGUUUAAUCUAACUAAUCCUCAAGCAUUAACUUCUUCUGAUGGUACAAAACCAAACUUUAAGGAGAUGGGUCCUUACGUAUUCAGGGAAAUUGAUUACAAGGUGGAGCAGACAUGGAAUGAUGAAAAUAAUACCAUAACAUAUCAAAGGAAAAGAGUAUGGCAUUUCGAUGAGUCAUCAUCAAAAGGUAGUUUGUCGGAUCAAGUGACUAAUAUAAACCCUAUAGCUGCUAGUGUUGCAUACACAUUGAGAGAUAAAGGGCCAAUUUUUCGUGAUAUUGGCGAUAGAGUUAUGCGUAUUCUGGGAGAACAUCUAGUAAUAACCAAAUCAGUGAACGAAUUGCUCUUUGAAGGCUACAAAGAUGAAAUGUUAAUACUUGUUCGUGCAGCAAACCUAACAAAAAUUCCAAUGGAUAAGUUUGCUUGGUUCUAUGGGAGGAAUGGAACUGCAAGUUAUGAUGGAACAUUCAAUAUGGAUACCGGUGCAUCCAACAUAUUAGACCUAGGAAUUGUCAGGGAAUGGAACUUCAAAGAUAAUGUGAAUUACUAUGAUGGAGAUUGUGGAAAAGUAAAAGGAACAAACGGAGAUCUAUGGCCUCCAUUGCCAGAUAACGAAACUGUCACUUUCUUCAUAUCCGACAUUUGCACGAGCUUGUCAGUAAAACUGUCAAACAAAACAACAGUCCACGAAGGUCUGCAGGGUGUAACAUACACCAACGACGAGAAUAUUUUUGAUAAUGGAACGAAACUAGAGUCAAGGAAGUGUUAUUAUCAGAGAGGGAAAUCUAUACCCUCCGGAGCAAUGAACAUUUCGUCGUGUAAAUGGGACGCACCAGCGUUCAUUAGUUUGCCGCAUUUUUAUACGGCAGAUCCAAGUUAUACAGAAGGCAUCACAGGGAUGAAUCCCUCCGAAAAGAAUCAUCAACUCACGUUAUCCCUGGAACCAGAAACGGGUGUCCCGCUGAAAAUCAGUGCGAAUCUACAAUUAAAUUUGUUGAUCGAGCCUGAUCCAUAUAUGAGAUUGUUCAAGAACAUCAGUAGGACAUUCGUACCAAUGCUAUGGUUCACCCAAGAAGCCACUUUAAGCCCCGAGUACGCCAGUACAGUGAAGUUCAUUAUAAUCCUGAAAACGUUGGGUGCUGUAACCUUCUUCGGUAUAUCUUUCAUUGGCUUUAUAAUCAUGUUCACCGGUGUUUUCAUCGUUAUACGAAACAACAUGAAAGACGAGGAGAACGAAAGCUUACUGGCAAGACCUUCUAACGGCAGUGUUGUCGCUGCCCCUUCGCCGGCCGCACAAUAAUCGCGUCGGCGAGUAUCACGCAGGUUCCACUGCAUUUCCAAGGAUAUUUUAUAACUUUGUAAUAGAUCUAAACUUCCAAGAUUCGAAGGCAGCGAAAGACAGUUUCAAACUAACAGAAUCGUCCGCUUAAAAGAUUUGAAAAAAGACGAUCUAGUAAAUUGGGAAGAGAACAAUGGAAAAAAUUGUCUCCCCGAAAAUAGCAUCGAUGUGUAUUCCUAUAGAAACAUUGGAAUGAUGAUCAUCAUCCACAUUUCCGCCUCUAGGGUCGUUGCUACACACAAGACGGUAUUACCACAGCAACCAUCGAACGAGAAACGAUGAUCAUCACCGAAGUUCCGAAAUAUCUACGCGCAUACACACGCUCCGGUUUCCGCUGCGCAUCGUCCCGUUGCAAUUCGUAUAACGCAGGGGGCAGCACGUCGUUCGAAUUUGUUUCUAAACAUGCUUUCCGACUAAUUGUAUGAUUUGUGUGUUGAUCAAGUGCCUCAUCGUCUUUAACAGGGAACGGACGCGAGAGAUCGUACAAAACUGUGAGAGACCUCGUUGUACCUAAUCGUUGUAUAUCACGUAUUUUCUAAGCGAAUGAUAGAAAUUUAUUCUCUGCCUCUUUCAAACUAUUUUUUUAGAAGUUCUAAGGGCACGCGUACGAUACUAGACACGCGUGCACACGCGGCACGGAGGUCCGUGCGAGAUGUUAGAAUCACGUUGAUUAGUUUUUCGAUCCGAGCUCCUGUUGAUCGUUAGAACAUACAUAUAUAUAUACAUACAUAUAUAAUAUUGUUACAACUGUGAUAAUUAGAAACUUCUUUCAAAUGUAAAUAUGACGAAGUACGUUAGCAAUAA